UCCCAUUACAAAGGUAAAGGAGUAAAUCCUUCAGCAAGGGCUGGUGGUAGCGUCCCCCAGGGCGCUCUUAAUCUCGGAGGAUCAGAUGUGGACUGGAGCCCUAGCAGAACCCUCUACCCCUGUCAAUGGGACCUCCCUUUCACACGAAGGAGACGGCACGGGCUAUGAUCCGGGACGGGCAGGGAACAGCAAGUGUUAAAGGUACGCAGUACCAGCCGUUAUCUGCUCCGAACCUGCUGUAGCUGACUGAGGAGCCUCCCUUCAAUCGCCAUAUUGGGCAACCGAGAAAAGGGCUCGUCUUUUCUUGUUUUUUCCGUCGUCUUUUUUUUUUUUUUUUUUUUUUUACUACACGGCAGCUUUGACAUCGGCGAGGUUUGCGAGCGCAGUUUGGAUCGGGGGAGCCGCGGGCUUCGCAUCAGCCUGGAACUGGGCUUGCAAAAGGGGGCUUGGCUUUUCCCCAUCCUCCGCUCUCCCCAGUGUCCACUUGAUCUGCCCCAGGCUUUCUGGUGAAUAUCAGGGGUUCUCUCCCCCCGGCCUGUGUCUUAUGCAAGUGUUUGUUGUUGUCUCUUCUCGUGGAGCCGAGAUCGAGUUUAAAAAAAAAAAGAAGAGGCAAGGAAGAAAGUAUUUUCACGUAGCGAAAGAGAAAAACAACCACCGCCGCCAGAAGAAAGAGGGUGGGGGGAAAUGUCAAACGUACGUAUUUCGAAUGGGAGCCCGACCCUGGAGCGGAUGGAAGCCCGGCAGUCGGAGUAUCCCAAGCCUUCAGCUUGCAGGAACCUCUUUGGGCCCGUGAAUCACGAAGAGUUAAACAGGGACUUAAAGAAGCACCGCAAGGACAUGGAAGAGGCAUGUCAAAGGAAGUGGAAUUUUGAUUUCCAGAAUCACAAGCCCCUGGCUGGCAAGUUCGAGUGGCAAGCCGUGGAGAAAGGGAGCUCGCCCGACUUCUACUUCAGACCCCCGUGGCCCCCCAAAGUCGCUUGCAAAUCUGCCACCCAUGAGAGUUUGGAUGUAAAUGGAAACUGCCCAACGGUGAUUGUAGUCGGUUCUCAGGGAAUCUCAGAGGACACUCACUUUGUAGAUCAAAAAACUGAUGUAUCUGAAAAUCAAACGGACUUAGCAGACCAGUGCAGUGGGCAAAGAAAACGACCAGCGACGGAUGAUUCUUCUCCUCAACCUAAAAGAGCCAACACAACAGAAGAAGAGGUUUCAGAAGAAUCCCCCAGUGCCAGCUCAGUGGAGCAAACACCCAAGAAAUCCAGCCCAAGAAGACGUCAAACGUAAAUUGUUUAGAGUUAAGAAUGUGCAUUUCCUUGUUCAUCGGAUGCCUCGGUGGUUGAUGAAGGGAGGAAGAUGUAAAGUUUUUUAUAUAUAUAUAAAAAUUAAAAUACAUAUCGUUGAUUCUCCAUGGGAUGGAGAUCCUGUACAAGCACUGAAAAAAACAAAAAAAUAAACAAUAACACUAAAAUUUUAGGCACUCUUAAAAGACCUGCCUCUAAAAGCAUUGGAUGUAGCAUUGUGCAAUUAGGUUUUUCCUUAUUUGCUUCAUUGUACUACCUGUGUAUAUAGUUUUUACCUUAUGUAGCACAUAAACUUUUUUUUGGGGGGGGGGGAGAGGGAGGGGAUGGAAAAGGGUGACCAAUUGAAACUUGCUUUCACAAUCUAGCAAGCAGGGAAAUUUAUGAAGAGAAGCAGUGUAGAGGUUUUCUUUAAUUUUUUUUUUAAAGAUGUAUUGUCUCUUUAAGUGGGGUCUACAAUGUCUUUUUUUUU